CUUUACUUUUAACUGUCUUUCUCAGAUGCGGUCUCUGACAUCAUGCCAGUGCUCAGUGUGCUGUGGAUGUUUCCAGCAGCAUUUUACCAUAGCGGUGAGAGACAAACACAUCAGAGACAUGGUGUGUCCUGUCUGCACAGAGCCUGACAUCAACGACCCAGAGCACCUUAACAGCUACUUCUCUACACUGGACAUACAGCUCAGGGAUUGUCUUGAACAAGAGGUGUACGAGCUCUUCCACAAGAAGCUAACUGAGCAGGCUCUCAUCAAGGACCCAAAGUUUCUGUGGUGCAGUCAUUGCUCAUAUGGCUUCAUCUAUGACGACGAUCAACUCAAGGUCACCUGUAGCCAGUGCAGGAAAAGCUUUUGUGCUCAGUGCAAAAAAACAUGGGAGCCACAGCACAUGGGUCUUUCGUGUGAGCAAUUCCAGCUAUGGAAGCGAGAGAAUGACCCUGAAUACCAGAGGCAGGGUUUGGCCGGAUACCUGCGUGACAACGGCAUCACUUGUCCUAACUGUAGGUUCCAGUAUGCUCUGGCCAGGGGCGGCUGCAUGCACUUCAGCUGUUCUCAGUGCAGAUAUCAGUUCUGCAGUGGAUGUAACAACCCCUUCCACACAACAUGUGCAGUGAACCAGUGUACUGUGACAGGUCUGCAUGCCCAUCACCCCAGAGACUGCCUCUUCUACCUCCGAGACUGGGAGCCUGCAAGGCUUCAGGCCUUACUGCAGAAAAAAGGGGUGAACUACAAUACUGAAACUGCACCAGGAGCACAGACUGGUACGUGUUUAUUUGUAAGAAUGAUAAAAGUUUAAUGCGAUAGUUCAUCC